AUGGAUAACUCGACUUCAAAAAACGAUGAGAUAGUACCCAAGUACAACAUGAAUCACGGCAAGCGCGGCAAGGCACUUAUCUUUAACCAUAAGAUAUUCGAUGAGAAUUUGGACUUGUCAAUCCGGGACGGCACAGAUAUGGACUGUAAGAGAUUGGACCAGGUGCUUAAUAAGUUGGACUUCCAUGUUACCGUGUACACAGACUUGUGCUACAAAGAGAUUCACACAGUUAUGAAGAAAACUUCAUUGGAAAAUCACGAGGACAUGGAUUGCAUCGCGGUGGCCAUACUCUCCCAUGGCGCAGAGGACGCCAUCUAUGCCAAGGACACCUUCUAUAAGCUCGACGAUGUCAGUGACCUCUUAACGCCCGACAAUUGUCCCACGCUGGCCAACAAACCAAAAUUAUUCUUCGUGCAGGCUUGCCGAGGAGAUCGGGUGGAUAAGGGCAUCCGUUCCGCCUUUGUCGACGCAGUCGAGUCCAAAACGAACACAAGUUUAACGAUGCCUUCUCAAGCGGACUUUCUCAUUGCCUACGCCACCUCACCAGACUUUGUUUCCUUUCGCAAUCCCAGGAAUGGCUCCUGGUUUAUUCAGACUCUCUGUGACGUGAUGGAAGAACAAGGUUAUCAUCUGGAGAUUGUUCGCCUCUUGACUUUGGUCAACUAUCGUGUCGCCAGGAUGUUUGAGCCUGAGUAUAAAUCUGGGGUGGCAAAACAAAUGCCUUGCAUUGAGACAAGGCUGACCCGUGAUUUACUAUUAAAACCUAAGUGUGUGGUUCUGGAAAAGUGCGACUGUUAGAAGCACAGUACCCGUAACUAAACAAAGUGCAAAAAAACAUUCAAGAAAAUAUUUGAAAUAAAAUUAAUAAAAGACAACCCGCACUGAAUUCCAACUCGAAUCACCCAGAUCUGAGGCAUUGGCUCUAUUCGUUAGACUUGAAUAGGUUCCUGCUAAAAUAUAGUAUACUACU